AUGAUCACUUCCAAUAAUAUAAGGUUACAAUCCAAAGCCCUACAUGGAACCAUUUCUCCUUUUAUUACAAAUCUAACAUAUCUCUCUGAACUCAAUCUUUCACACAAAAGCCUAUCAGGUCCUCUCCUUGAUAGCCUUUUCUCAUCUUUGCCUCUCUUGAAGAUCAUUGAUUUAAGCGAUAACGAGUUAAAUGGAAUAUUAUCGCCAUUUGAUAUGUUGUCAAAAAGCAUCGUACAUGUAAAUCUCUCAAGCAAUCAGUUUUCAGGGGCAAUUAACUCUUCGAAUUUCAAAAGUGCAGGAUUUUUGUCCAUGUUGGACAUCAGCAACAAUGCCUUUUUCGGAUCCUUGCCACACGUAAAUUGUAGUAUUUCUUCCACCAUAAUGUACCUUGAUUUCUCCAAUAAUAAUUUCACUGGCAAAAUUCCAGGUCUUGGACUGUGUUCUAGUCUGAGAACUUUCCGAGCCGGUUUCAAUUCUCUCGCAGUAUCCCUCCAUAAUGAUCUUUACAAUGCUUCAUGUUUGCAAGAAGUAGUUUUACCAGCCAAUAAACUUUCAGGGCAAAUUGGAGAAGGGAUUGUUGGUCUUAUCAAUCUAAGAGUUGGUGCCCUCUAUGGCAAUGCGUUUACUGCAACUAUUCCUUAUAAUAUUGGCAAGCUCUAUUACUUAGAAAAAUUGCUCCUUCACAAGAACAACUUAAAUGGAUCUCUUCCACAAUCACUGAUGAAUUGCUCUAAACUUGAGGAAAACUUAGGGAUUGACUUCCUACAAGGUGAGUUAUCCAUUCUUGAUUUCUCUAAAUUGCUUCAUCUCAAAACAAUUGAUCUAGGGACCAACUUCUUUAGCGGUAUCCUGCCAUCAAGCCUUUACUCAUGCAAGUCAUUGUCAGCGAUUCGUCUAGGGACUAUCAAAAACUUGGCAGGCUGCAAGAAUCUGCGGAAGUUGAUUUUGUCAUGGAAUUAUUACAAUGAAUCUUUUCUUGGUGAUGAUGAAAAAUUGAUUGGUCCAGAUGGAUUCCAAAAUCUGCAAAUCUUGGGCCUAGGUGGUUGUGAAUUUAUCGGUCACAUUCCCGGGUGGUUGUCCGGGCUAAGUAAGCUAAAAGUUCUUGAUCUUUCUCAGAAUCAACUAAUCGGCAGCAUACCGGAGACGAUAUCUAUACUGACUAACUUGGAGAAAUUAGACUUAUCAGGUAACAAUCUUUCAGGUGAAAUUCCCAAAUCCUUCAAAAGUUUGAACUUUUUCUCUUCAUUUAGUGUUGCGAACAACAACCUUGAAGGCACAAUACCAACAGGGGGACAAUUUCAUGCAUUUCCUAGUACAAGUUAUCUAGGAAAUCCAAAACUCUGUGGUCUCAUAUUGCAACAACCUUGCCCCAAUGAAAUACCACAUAAACAUGCUUCAAACCAAAGGGAUCAAAAAGAGGAGACAGAAAUAUUUUGGCUCAGCUAUAAGGUCGGCUUUGGCAUUAGUUUUGUUCUUACUGUUUUCUCAUUUUCCAGGUUCUUGAAGUUCACUUUAAAAAAUGUUUUCAAUGGGAGGAAGAUUGGCAUUGUACAUGCCCCGUUUGAAGCCAUUUUCACUAUAACUCUAGAUCAAGUCAGUAAUAAAAGCUAG